CGCCGCUCCGAGCCCCGCUCCGCGCCCCGCACCUUCGCUCCGCGCCCACCGCCGUCUCCCCCAGAGCUCGCAGAGGAGGGAUCGCCCGGACCCCCGGCGCCCCCCACCCCGGUCCAGCCCGGGAUGCUGCGUGGUGCUGAGCACUGAGGGGCACCAUGGGGUGCGCGGCGUAGCCCCCCGCCGUGGCCCCCCAGCCGUGGCCCCCCCGCCGUGGCCCCCGCGUGGCGCCGGAGCCCCCUCGGUCGGUGCUGAGCGCUCCUUGAUGGAAUUGCGGUGAAUGGAACAGAAGCCCAGCACCCUGGACCCGCUGUCGGAGCCAGAGGACACCCGGUGGCUGGAUGGGAAGCGCAAAAGAAAGAGCAGCCAAUGUUUGGUGAAGAGCAGCAUGUCAGGGUACAUCCCUAGUUACCUGGACAAAGAUGAACAGUGCGUGGUGUGCGGGGACAAGGCCACCGGCUACCACUACCGCUGCAUCACCUGCGAGGGCUGCAAGGGAUUUUUCCGUCGGACCAUCCAGAAGAACCUGCACCCCACCUACUCCUGCAAGUACGAUGGGUGCUGUGUCAUCGACAAGAUCACCCGCAACCAGUGCCAGCUCUGCCGCUUCAAGAAGUGCAUCUCCGUGGGCAUGGCCAUGGACCUGGUGCUGGAUGACUCGAAGCGGGUAGCCAAGCGGAAGCUGAUCGAGGAGAACCGGGAGCGGCGGCGGAAGGAGGAGAUGAUCAAGUCCCUGCAGCAUCGCCCCAACCCCAGCGCCGAGGAGUGGGAGCUGAUCCACGUUGUGACAGAAGCCCACCGCAGCACCAAUGCCCAGGGCAGCCACUGGAAGCAGAAGCGGAAAUUCCUGCCUGAGGACAUCGGCCAGUCCCCCAUGGCCUCCAUGCCUGACGGGGACAAAGUCGACCUGGAGGCGUUCAGCGAGUUUACAAAAAUCAUCACCCCGGCCAUCACCCGCGUGGUCGACUUUGCCAAAAAACUGCCCAUGUUUUCAGAGCUGCCUUGCGAGGACCAGAUCAUCCUGCUGAAGGGGUGCUGCAUGGAGAUCAUGUCGCUGCGGGCGGCCGUGCGCUACGACCCCGAGAGCGAGACGCUGACGCUGAGCGGGGAGAUGGCAGUGAAGCGCGAGCAGCUCAAGAACGGCGGCCUCGGCGUCGUCUCCGAUGCCAUCUUCGACCUGGGCAAGUCCCUCUCUGCCUUCAACCUGGAUGACACCGAGGUGGCCCUGCUCCAGGCCGUGCUGCUCAUGUCCUCAGACCGGACGGGGCUGAUCUGCGUGGAGAAGAUCGAGAAGUGCCAGGAGACGUAUCUGCUGGCCUUUGAGCACUACAUCAACUACCGCAAACACAACAUUCCCCACUUCUGGCCCAAGCUGCUGAUGAAGGUGACGGAUCUGCGGAUGAUCGGCGCCUGCCACGCCAGCCGCUUCCUGCACAUGAAGGUGGAGUGUCCCACCGAGCUCUUCCCCCCCCUCUUCCUCGAGGUCUUCGAGGACCAGGAGGUGUAGGGCUGACACCCCCCACCCUGUGCCCCCCCAACCCCGCUCUGGCCCCCCCCCCAAAUCUUUCUCGUCCCCCUGUAAGGACAAGAGGAUGCUGCGCCCAGGGUGGGGGUCCUGCUGUGCCCCCCAACAGCCACCCCCCCCCCCCGCCCCAGGACUUGACGAAUUUUGUUUGUUUGCACAGGGAAGGGCCCCGACGGUCGAGCGUUCCCUUUAUUGUCCUUCUCUUCGUAGAUUAUUAUUUUUUAAGCAUUUAUUUCCCUCCCUGAGAGGCUAAAAUAUUAAACUAACUGCACUUUGGAAGGAGGAGGAGGAGGAGGAGGAGGAGGAAGAGGAGG